AUGGCAUCUGAUGAAAUUGUCUGGCAGGUGAUAAACCAGCAGUUUUGCUCGUUCAAGUUAAAAACCACCAAGGGUCAGAACUUUUGUCGGAAUGAAUACAAUGUCACCGGUCUCUGCAACCGUCAAUCGUGUCCUCUCGCAAACUCCCGCUACGCCACCGUACGAUCGGAUCCGGCGACCGGCGCCAUGUACCUCUACAUGAAGACGAUCGAACGGUCGCAUAUGCCCAACAAAUGGUGGGAGCGAAUACGUUUGCCAUCCAACUACACAAAGGCCCUUGAGCAAAUUGAUGAGCGGCUGAUAUACUGGCCGAAAUUCCUAGUUCACAAAUGCAAGCAGCGGCUGACGCGACUCACGCAAGUGAGCAUUCGCAUGCGACGACUUGCGAAAGAGGAGGAGCGGCUGGGAGAAAAACUGGUGCCGAGGCUCGCGCCAAAGGUUCGACAUCGAGAGGCUACCAGGGAACGAAAGGCGGAGGCUGCUGCAAAGGUGGAAAGGGCUAUUGAGCGAGAGCUUAUCGAGCGAUUGAGAAGCGGCGCUUACGGCGACCGCCCAUUGAAUGUAGAGGAAAAUAUCUGGAAGAAGGUCCUCAGAGGCUUAGAGCGGCAGGGAGAAGGUGAACGGGACGAGGAUCUGGAUGUGGGCAUUGAGGAAGAACUGGAGGAAGAGGGCGAGUUUGAGGAAGAAGGCGUGGGUGAAGUGGAGUAUGUCAGUGAUUUCGACGAAGAUGAGGACUUGGAGGAUAUUGAAGAUUGGAUCGGUGAGGGCAGCGGAGAUGACAGCCUCGAUGACGAUGAUGACGAUCAAAGCAGUGAAGAAGAUGAGGAGAGUGGUGAAGAUGAAGGGCCUCAAACGAAGGAUGCUCCUGGAGCCAAGAGGAAGCGGACUGCUCCGGCUCCUAAGCCUCGCAAGAAGGGCGCUCGAAUCGAAAUCGAAUACGAAACUGAAGCUCCCGCAAAAGAGAGUAUUUUCGCAUGA